UGGCCGGCCUGUUAUCGCUUUUCUCUUUCGCCACAUCGUUUCAUAUUACUGCCAUCGGAGUCCCUUUCAACUCACUUUCACUCCACUGCACCCACACCAAAUCACCACCAUGUCUUUCUUCGAUUCAAUUGCCGGCAAGCUCGGAUACGAGACCAUCCCCAAGGAAGUCGCCAGCAAGAGCUUCUACGACCUGAAAGCUACCUUGCCCGGAAGCAAGGGUGACUUUGACUUUUCCACACUGAAGGGCAAGACCGUCCUCAUCGUCAACACUGCUUCGAAGUGUGGUUUCACUCCCCAAUAUGACGGUCUUGAGGAGCUUCACAAGACCUACGGCGACAGGGGUCUUGUCGUCCUCGGUUUCCCCAGUAACGAGUUCGGUGGACAAGAACCUGGAGCUGACGAGGACAUUGCUUCAUUCUGCACUUUGAACCACGGUGUCACCUUCCAGCUUAUGAAGAAGUCCGAGGUCAACGGCAAGAACAUGAACGAGGUCUUUGCUUGGCUCAAGACUCAGACUGGUCAGGGUGUUGGUGGUUUGGCUGGUACUACUGCUAUCAAGUGGUGAGUCUUCUACUUAUAUUCAGCUUUAGGCCAGCUGCUAACGUCAACACAGGAACUUUACCAAGUUUCUCAUCAACAAGGAUGGCAAGGUCGUCGGUCGAUUCGGUUCCACCACCAAGCCGGAAGCGCUCAAGAAGGAGAUCGAGCCCCUUCUGUAACAAGUCAGAAUUCAGCAGUCAACAUAGAUGAGAUUCAAAUUGAUCCUAUAGUAUUUCAGUAUCAUGCAAGUACGUUGU